AGGGGAUAGACAGGCUUAAAAAAAGCUCUGAUUCCAGCCACACCAACGGAGAAAAUAAAAGUGUCUUCGCAGCCUGCCGGGGCUUGUGGAGGGGCUUGUCCCAGGGAAGAUGAACCCGCGUCAGUAAACACCAGCCUGGUGGGAAAACGGGCUUGAAACCAGUGUCCCUUCUGACAGGGCCAGGCUUCAGUGUCACCUCGCUCGGGUGCAGCCACCCAGCAGCACCCACUGGCAUGAGGUUGGGUGCUGGGACACAGCCAGCUGCUCCCCAAAGCCUCUGCAAGGAGCAAAGCCCAGCUCCUUCCCACCCCGUCCCAGCAGAGCCCAGCACCCUGCUGAGCAUCCCAGCUGCUCCCAGCCCAGGUGGGGCAGGAUGAGCCCAUAUUAGGAGCCCAUGGCAGGGCUCAGGACAGAUCCUGCCUGCACCUCCCUCCUGAAGAUGCAGCCAGGUGACGGCAGCUCCCGCCCGUUCAAGCAAAGGAGAAGCCUGGGUCUGUUCCUGGGGCCAAGGGGAGCGGCAGUGCAGAGGCACGGUGCUGGGCUGCACUUACUGCUCCUUCUUUUCUCUCCCGCAGCCACCAGGAUGCACGAAGUGACAGAGAUCAGGAUAAAAUAUCCCAACAAGAUCCCGGUGGUUGUGGAGCGCUACCAGAGGGAGAAGACCUUGCCCCCCCUGACCAGGACCAAGUUUCUGGUGUCCCAGGACCUGCCCCUGUCGCAGUUUGCUGUCACCCUGCGGACGCGGCUCUGCCUGGGCUCCUCCCAGACCUUCUACCUUCUGGUGAACAACAAGGGGCUGCCCAACAUGGCCAUCACCAUGCAGGAGCUGUACCGGGACAACAAGGACGAGGAUGGUUUUCUCUACCUGACCUACGCCUCCCAGGAGAUGUUUGGCAGCUCCUCCUCCAGCAAGCCGGGGGCUGCUUGACCCCAAAAGCACCUGCCAGCACCGUGUCCUCUCGUCUCAGGACUCCAACGCUGGUGAGAUGGGGGACACAGAUCUCCAAACUUUGCUUAAAAUCUCAGGGGAGCCCAGGAUUUUGGCCGGAUGAAACCUCACCUUCCCUCUGGCUGCAGUUUGACGGGCUCAGCUUUGUAACAGUCUUAAAAACUCUGCGCAACACCUCCUCCUUAAUCUUGUGGCUUUAGUUACAAAUUAUUCUCCCAGCGCAGCAGAAGAUGGUGCUGGUUUACUCUGAUCCCUGGGAAGGUUAUUCUUCUAACAGGCUCUUCUAAAGGGCUUUACAGCCUGUCAUCCCUGCUCAGAAAACUUAGGCUGUUCCUAAACGCCUCUCCUAAUAGGAUCGGGGACGGGGAGUUUCACGGUUUAUGCAGGUUUCAGUUAAGCUGCGUGUCCGUUCUAGGUGCUGCUCGAGCAUCCUUGCUCUUGAGACGUGGAAUAAAAAAAAUGUGGCUGGUCCCUCUGGUCGUCUAAACGCAGCUUGUCCCUUGGCUGUAAAACCAGACUUAACCUCAGGGCUUUGUCCCUGGCUUUGCUGGGCUGCCAGUUUGAGCUGGAGGGGGGGUGGGUGGGGUGGGUGUGAGGGAGCAAGAGCACAGAGAGGGGAAGGACUUUGCUCCCACCAUUGAAAAAGCAGCCUGGGAGAGGUUCUGCUGCACAAGAGCAGCUCCCCAUCUCCCUCCUCCCCGCAGACCUGGGGGGUUGGUCCCCCCCCACCUCCAAGCAGCACCCCAAGGAUGGGGCACGUACCUAAAACCCGCAGCAGAGAUUAGCCAAGCUUAAAUUGUGGUGGUGUGCUGUGAGUCAGACCUAAAUGCUUCCUGCCACUGAUACUGCAAAAUGCCUCUUAAAUAUUUAAGGCUUCCCUUGCUGUAAAAUGCAUUGUCACCCUGGGUGAAUAUUUCAUGCACGUUUCAUGUUAAAAUGUUAAUAAAUAAGCUCUAAA